GAUGCAGCUUGUUCCAUUUUCUGGUGAUGAGGGAUUAAAUGAGCUAAGGAAAAUUGCUGUAAGGUUUGAGGAGAAGAGUUAUACUACUGCAAGUAGCCAGUCGGAGUACCUGAGGAAAAUAUCCUUCAAGUUGCUUUCAAUGGAGAACAAGUCUCAGAAUGCCAUACCCAAUCCUGGCAGUGGUAGCAGACCUCCAGAUCCAGGUAACCAACCCCAAGCACGUCAACAACUUCUGUCCCAGAACAUUCAGAAUGACAUUGCAUCAACUGUAGUUCAAAAUUCUGGUGGUUUACCUUCAACAAUGCCAUCUGUUGGUUUAACCCAGAAUCCAAUCCCAAAUGUUGGCCAGAAUUCAAACUUGACAAGCGUGUCUGGCAUUUCACUGAACAUGGUUGGUAACAGUGCAAUGGUGCAGCCUUCCAACAUGUUUGCAAAUCCGCAGAAGCAGAUGCAUGGAAUGCAGCAGCAGCAACAACAGCAGUCCCAAAAUCCACCACAGUUACUUUGUCAACCGCAACUUCAUCAUCUUAUGAAGCAAAAGUUUCAGCAGGGAAAUCUCUCACACUCACCCAUGCAGUCUCACAUACAGCAACAGCAGCGGCCGCAGCAAAACCUGUUACAACCCACUCAGUUUCAAUCUUCUCAGCAAUCUGAUAUAAAGUCACCGGCCUUGCAAUCAACUACUCUCUCCAGUCUUCAACAGAAUCAGCAAUCUUGUGUCCAAUCAUUACCACAAUCAAUGCCUCAGAAGCAUCCACAGUCUGUCCUCAGUCAGCAGCAACAGCCACAAGAAGUUGCUGGUAUUCAUCAACAACAAGGACCAGUGACACGACAGUCAAUGAUUCCUCAGCCGCACCAGCAACCUCAGCAGCCUCAGCAGCAGCAACAACAGCCACAUCUAAUGGGACAACAGGCAAAUGUUUCAAGUAGGCAGCACGAUCAAUUUAUUGGACAACUAAACAACCUAGGUGAUUUCCAGCAGCGGCAGCAGAGAUUGUUUAGCCAGCAGAAUAAUCUUCCUAACCUGCAACAGCAACAGGAACAACGACAGCAGCAGCAGUUAGUGGUUCAACAGAAUAACCUCGCAAAUGUGCAUCAGGCACAAUUGCCUCAGAAUAAUAUUCCAGGCUUACAGCAACAGCAGCAACAGCAAAUGCUUGGAAAGCAGUUGAGCAACUCAAGCAUGCAAGCUAAUCAGCAUUCUUUACAACACAUGGUACCACAGUCAAAGGUUCCACUCCAACAAAUACAUCAGACUGCGCCUAACUUUUUAUCAAAUCAAGGACAGACAUCACUGCUGCAACAGCAGUUGGGCUUGCGACAGCAGCCUAACUCAUUACAACGAGACAUGCAACAGAGGCUUCAAACACCUGGUUCAUUGCUUCAACAACAAAAUUUAGUAGACCAGCAAAAACAGUUGCACCAAUCACAAAGAGCUGUUCCUGACACAUCAUCAACAUUGCUAGAUUCCACUGUCCAGACGGGACAUCCAAAUGGUGGUGAUUGGCAAGAAGAGGUUUAUCAAAAGAUUAUAUCCAUGAAGGAUAUGUACUCAUAUGAUUUAAAUGAGGUGUACCAGAGGUUUGCUAAAAGGGUACAGCAGCAUGAAUCUCUGCCACAACCGCCAAAGUCAGAACAACUUGAUAAGCUCAAAUUGUUCAAGGCCACAUUGGAACGCCUUAUAGCUUUUAUAUCAAUUUCUUCCAAAGAGAAUAUUACCCUUCUUCACAAGGAAAAGUUGGGUUCUUCUGAGAAGCAUAUAGUGGAUCUUUUGGCCUCAAGUCGGCCCAGGAAGCCUGUUUCUUUGCUGCAGCAAGGACAACUUCCCCAAUCUCAUUUGCAAGUCAUUCCACGGUCAGAAUCUCAGCUCUCACAAGUAGAAUCUCAUGAUAAUCAAAUCAACCCUCAGUCACAGUCAGUUAACAUGCCAGCUUCUAUGCAAACUAUGCAACAGAAACUGUCAAAUUUGCAGCAUAAUUCUCUGAUGCCUUUACCAGGUUUUUCAUCAGCAGAGCAGAAUAUGUUAAAUUCACUGCAGACAAGUUUGAACAUGGAUUCAGGUCAAGGAAAUGCUCACAGCUUACUGCAGCAGGUUGCUGCGGGGUCUCUGCAACAAAGUCUUGUUAUUGCUCCCCAACAAGCAAACAUUAACAACUUGUCAUCACAAAGUGGAGUCAAUGUUCCACAGCCAAAUCUUAACAUGCUUCAGCCCCAUAAGCUGAAACAAGAACAGCCAAUGCUUCAGACCCAAUCGCUCAAACUGCUGCAACAAGCAAAGCAGCAGAUGCCUCCACAGGUGCACCAAAUGUCACAGCUGCAUCAAACGAAUGAUGUAAAUGACAUGAAGAUGAGACAGGGGAUGGGGGUCAAGCCAGGGGUCUUUCAUCUUCCAAAAGACCAGCAUCCGCCCUAUCCACAUCAACAGUUAAAACCAGGUUCUCAGUUUCCUAUUUCUUCAUCUCAGCCCCUUCAGGUUGCUUCUCCUCAAAUGCCUCAACAUUUUUCCCAACAAGUUGAUCACCAAAAUCUGUCAUCAUCCAUGACAAAAACUGGAACCCCAUUGCAAUCUGCAAACUCAUCCUUUGUUGUUCCAUCUCCUUCUAGUCCUUCAGCUCCAUCUCCUCUUUCUGGGGUUUCUGAGAAACCUAUGGCUGGCACUUCUUUACUUUCAAAUACUGAAAGCGUUGGAAAUCAACCGGUAACUGCAGUUCAGGUGGGAUCACAGUCCCUUGCAAUUGGCACUCCUGGGAUAUCAGCCUCACCAUUGCUAGCAGAGUUCACUGGUGGUGAUACCACGCAAGGUCAUGCUUUGUCAACUGUUUCUGGCAAGUCAACUGUUACGGAGCAACCUCUUGAUCGCUUAAUUAAAGUGGUCAAAUCCUUGUCUCCCGAGGCAUUGAGUGCAUCUGUCAAUGACAUUGGCUCAUUUGUCGGAAUGAUUGAUAGGAUUGCAGGGUCUGCUCCAGGUAAUGGGUCUAGAGCUGCAGUUGGUGAGGAUUUGGUUGCCAUGACAAAGUGUCGUCUGCAAACAAGAAAUUUCAUUAUGCAAGAUGGAAUGGUUGGGACAAAGAGAAUAAGACGCUACACGAGUGCCAUGCCCUUGAAUGCUGUAUCAUCAGCAGUCAGCAUGAAUGAUAGUCUUAAACAGUUGACUGGUUCAGAGACAUCUGAUUUGGAUUUAACCGCCACAUCUAUUGUUAAGAGGCCAAGAACUGAGGUAUUCUUUUAGUUUGUUUUCAUUUUCUGAAAUUCUGAGCUAUUCAUGAACAUUUGGUUCUGUGUUCUCCACUAUCUUCUCUAUUUCUUUCUAGUUUUGAAGCAGAGAACAGCUUUUACUCGACUUUGUUUGGUUGAAGACUCUAUUGGUCUGAGACUCUAUUGGUCUGAUAUAUUAAUUAUGUCAGAGUUCCUGCAUUGCAUCCGGUUGUCUUUUACUUUGUCAUCUUGUUAAAAUCAUUACUAAGAAUUAUCUGUGAGAUUGUCCUGUUUUCUCAUAAUUCUUGUUGUUAGUGCUUCCUUGUUUCUCACUUGUUAAUGGUCAGCUUAUAUGUUUAAUGGGUUUCUUGUUCCUAUAUUUCACAUCAUUUACCACACACCGUUGUUAAUCACAUCCUUGGCAUUAUAACUGUGCUAGUUUUGUUAUUGUGGUCUUUAUCAUAUUUGAUGUUUCAUUUUGAUGUUUAACAAGAAAAACCAAAAUAGUUA